AUGGCCGCCAGUGAAGAUGACAAUUUUGAUGAAGAAUUUGAAAAUUUGGAGAACAAACAGGUUUAAUUCAUGCGAUUUUGUAAAUUUUUUAUUAGGAUAAGUAAAUUUUCUAAUGUGUUUUUUAUUUUAGCGCUUGAAAGCUGCCUUGCAUUACACAGUGGGUAAAAUAUGUGAAGAAAUCGGUGAGAAUUUUGUGUCAUUUCUUCAGCCGUAGUCACUAAUCUCGUACCCAGGCUGUUCUCCUUCCACGUGCUAACUUACUACUUUCAUUUGCCUGCCCAUAUUUUUGACUGAUAUUAACACACAAAAUAGAAAUUCAUCACUGACAAACAGGGCAAUGAACCUGAAUUUGGUUCAGGAUCUUUAGUUACAACUGAGAGACCUACUUAUAACGGUGCGUUAUUUUUAUAGGGGAGGAGGCAAGUUUACGUUACUCCAAGCACUUUAUAGCUGCCUUGACAGAGACAACUUUUAAACAAAUAGGUCAGUUCUCAUAUUUGUAAUUACAUCUCAGGGGCACAGCCAGCCCCAAACAAGAGGGAGUCUAUAAAUUGUCCGGCCAUCCAAGGCCAGGGGCAUGGUAUCCCAAGACAAUUUUUCUAUAUUCUACCAGAUAGUGCCACCUGUAUCAUUACUAAAACUUAAGUGAAAUUCACACAUAAUUUAUUUUAUGACUUUCACUUUUGUAUAACUUAGAUUCUUUUGCGACUGAUUUGGAACUUUUUGCAAAGUAAGCAAUUCAUGUUGGCUUUGAUUAGAGACAAGCACAUUCUUGCAAGUGUCAUGGACACAAAUGCAGUUCAAACAUAUUUUAUACACUUUAAAACAUUUUGUAGGCAUGCAAAACGAACUGUUAUCAAUUCAGAUGAUGUUGUCUUGCUCAGCAGAAGAAGUUCUGUUUUGGUAAGUUCAAUAGUGAAUCAAUACCAAGCAGCAAAGUAUUGUCUUUAAUUAACCUAUUUAGUUAAACAUAAAUUUUUUUCUGGACAUUGUAUUUUUCAUUUUCUCAAAUAUUUUAGUUUUUUUUCCUUCCUAUCCAAUUCAUGUUUUGCCAACUGCAAAAACAAUUUGCAGACUAAAGUCCUUCACUUUGCCAACAAGAUGUUUUCAGGAGUGUCACACCCCCAACACCCCCCCCCCCCCCCCAGCGAUGGCCCUGCUGGCCUGCCUGGUGCUCAUUGAGUUAAUUCCUUUUUUAACAGAAUCAACACAUGAAGGAAAGAAGUCAGGAACUAAACGAGGCACAUGUGAUAGAACGAGCAAACAAGAAAUCUAAGAAAGCAAAGAAACAAAAAACACUGACAACAACAGAUGAACCUUUAGAAUAA